AGAAAUUAUAUAAUAAUUUACGUUGAUACUUACAUUGAACAACAAAUAAAAAUCUUUCAAAAGCAAGGAAGCAUUUCGAGUGCGGUCGGUAGUCUUGAGAUGUAGAUUCUUACCAAAAAUGUGAUUUUCUUGUAUUUAAAAGAUUUACAGGUAAAAUUGAUGCGUUGGGGUAGAUUAUACAGGUGAAUCAAAGUAUUAAUCGGAAUCUAGAUAACAAUGAAUUGAAAUAAAAACAUUGAAAGGUGUCAAAUUAAUUUUUUAAUCAUGCCAUCCAUAACUUAUUUCACUUCUGGUAAGUUUUUAUAAUUAGUAUCACUCUAACAUCACAAAUACUACAUUGAUACUUUGACUCAGCCUGUUUAAGAAGAAAAAAAUGUACAAUAAAAAAUAAUUGCAUGUUUUGAAUUUGCGUAGUAUUAACUGCUUUUAUAGCUUGUGUUACUAAUUUCUACUAAUGAUACUAAUGAUAUGAAACAAUAUAUACAAUAGCAAAUUAUAUAUCAUAUCGCUAGCCUCUUUGGAUAGAGUCUACAAAAAAUACUUGAAUUUUACAUGAUCAUGAGUUGCACUUUUCUGUGACUACAAAUUUGUAUGUAAUCCCUAAUUUUAUCCAUAAACCUUUACAAACCCACUCAAUAAUUGUCUUACCUUGUAUCCAAUUAUUUGCAAAUAUUUUACGAUAGGAUAUGAUUCAGUGUUAAUCCUAGAGAAUUGAAUUCCGUUGAAAAGCCGGAACCAGGAAAUAAGGCAGUGUGAUUUGAAUGAAAUUGUCACAAACGAUCUUCAAGAUCAUCAUUUAACGCCGUAACAAAUAGUUACCGCCGAAAUCUUAACACCCGUAAUUCGUUAAUCGCAACUCACGAGGCUAUUGUCUUAGGUUGUCAACUACGUCUUGCAUGCGUACUACGACGUGUCAAUUGUAGGAUAUCCUGGAGUCAAAGAAACGACUUGGGCCACCCUGAAGAAAUCGAUUGUCAAACCAACCUAACUCACCAGAAUGAAAUAAUCGCGAUAACGACACAAGCAGUAAUAAGGCAUUUUGAAUUAAUUGUUGCUAAUCUAUUCAGGUCUUAGGUUGAAACCUUCUUGGCAGUAGCACUAGUAUAAGGUUAAUCGAUAUCUUGGAGAUCAAACGAUUCUUGCGAAAUUCGAUGAUGAAAGGAACACCUUAUUCUAUUGGGCUAAUAACCUCCGUGCCAUAUCCAACGAAUUGGUUUGUUGUAAAAACCUGAUUAAAGAAAAUGGCAAGACACAUCCGCAUUAAUGAGCAGCUAUAUUUCAGACUCGUUCCACUUAUCAUGUCUUGAUCACGUUUAUCAAAGAAGAAAACUUCACAGUAUUGGGAUGUGUUGCAGCAGAAACUGCUCACAGCCAUAUCUUAAAGAUUUUAAGCAAAGACAUAUUCGGCUGCUAUAUAUCACACUCGUAAGUGAUAAAACAUCACAACUUUGAGUCGUGGAGCAGCGAAAACCGCUUGUGGCUGAGAUGAUAGAUAAAGAAGAAAGAUAAAACUUCGUGGUUUCGAGAUGUAUUAAUCGCAGAGGUCUCUUACGGUUGAGGCGGUAUUUUUGGAGAUUCAUUAUAUCUUGAAGAUUUCAAACAUACAUAUUCUGCUUUUAAAUUUAUUAAAAUGUUUAGAUUCGCUCAAUAAAGAUUAUGAGAAGUUCUAAAAAUAACAUAUAAACCCUAAGUUAUCUCCCAAUUCACAAAGAAUUCAACCUUGAAUAUGUUCUUUUAAUCAAAUAUUAAAAUUUUUUUAUUUAACAAAAUAUAAUUACACGAAAAUCAUAAACUUAAAUUUUUUAAUAAAUCGUUUUAAUUUUGUUGAGUCAUGACUCUCAUUAUUUGGUGCUAAUAAUAACCUUGGUUGAUCGCAUCGUGACUAUAUUCCACGCCCUACGUAAAUGUGAUUGGAGAAUAGUAAAAUCGUGAGUUAUUUCUUAAAUAUUUUAAUGAACUAUUUCUCGUCGAUGCAAACCCGAGGUUGUCGUGCAUUAUUAAUCGGCAAACUCCCGAAGGAUACGUUUAUUGACUGCUUGGUUAUCUGUGUAUACUUUAUAACAAACAAAAAAAAGUGGGGGCUACGUCAAGUAGCUCUAAGGCACUCGACUCACUUUUUAUUUUGUAUUGUGAUCGUGAACACUCCACUUGAAUGAUCUCCGUGAUCUUAACGAAGAACUAUCUCAAGAUUGUUUCAAGAACAAUGACGAGUAUUCACGCCGCAAAUAUAAACGAGAUAUACGACGUUCCUUUAAGCGCAUUAAUUCGGCCGUUUCCGCCGGAAGUAAACGAAGAAAAAGUGAAAUCUUUAAUGGAAGCAAUUUCGAACCCGGAAACGAUCGAUCAAGUAACUCCAAUCGAUGUUUUAUGGAUUGUUGGGAAAGAAGGAGGGAAUUAUUAUUACAGUUUUGGUGGAUGUCAUAGAUAUAUUGCUCAUAAACGCUUAAAUACAGAAACGAUUCGAGCUAAACUAAUAAAAUCUAAUAUUAGCGAUCUUAGAUGUUAUUUAGGUGCGAGUACUCCAGAUUUACGUUAAUAAUAAGAUGUAUUAAGAAAACAUUCUGGUCAUAUUCUGGUUAAUGGGAAUGCUUUGACUUUUUUUUUAAGUUUUAUAAACUUUGUGUUGAAAUAAAAAAAUAUUUUGCAGUAAGAAA